AUGUCGGAUUUUCCCAAUUCAAAUGAACGGCAUUACACCAGCCCAGCUGAAGCAUUUGCCUUGCGAAGAUCAAGUGACAAGACAAGCUUGUCUUUCGAUUACUCUGUUCUCGACACAACAGCACCAGACACGAAUUCAUCAAAAUCUGGUAAGGACAAAGAUGCUGGAGAUAUUCUCGACUCUCAACGCUGGCUCGAAAACCCAAAGGUCUUGGAAUUUUCAUCAGAAUUGAGGGCCGUAGGAGAGGAAGCCGUUCCUGUCUAUGUUCUACAAGCCUUCGAUCGUUCAGAUCGUCCUCUCAAGACCGUCGAGACCACAAGAGCUGAUCCUUAUCGUUCGACAUCACUAUGUUUGAUGAAUCCUGACACAAGCCAUUUCGAGGUCACAUCAGAUGGCAAAUACGUUUAUCUUUUCCGACAGAGUCGCGCAGCUAGCGACAGCUAUCUAAACAGGUUCGUGACCACUUCAACCAUAGUAAAGCCCCCAAUCGACAGUAAUCUGCUAUGUGAUCGUUUCACACUUGUGGGGACCUCCCUGUUGCGUACUCUCGAGGUCAGAUAUCGCAGAAGUCGGCAAAAACGAUUCCCUCUCAAUGAAAAGGAUACUUUAGCUGUAAGGGAUAUCGACGAUAUCCCUUUCUACGAACCAACUUUCAGCUUGAUAUUCGUUAAAGACAUGCAAGAUGGCAGAUUCUCGGUCUUACAAACACCAACCAUGACCAAUGGCGUUUUCAAAUGGAUGAUAUUUGCAUACUCAGUCAAGGUUCAAGAUAUUGUCUGCUUCACGACCGAUGUUGCCAUUGAUGGUCUUUUUGAUGUGCACGGACAGAUCUACUAUACCUGCGACAAUGAGGAGCACGAAGAAACUUUUUCUACCACUCCCGGAGCAUGUUCAGCAACGACAGACGAUGGCCGUUUGUGUGAAAAUGUCAAAACGGUGGUGGUACCAGCUCCUGUGAGCUCGCAGUGCAGUCUUUUGUUUCUCGCGCAUCAUAAUCAGGCUGCCCAGAAAAGUGUCGGAUCAGAGACAGCCGACAAACAAGAGUACGAGAAUGAGCUGAAACUGGACAAGCCCAUCGAUCUGUCUGCAUUACCAUUCUCUGAAGGGUAUACUCUGGAAGCAUGGAUAAGGCCAUUAUCCACUAAAGGCAAAAGUGAUGCUGGUGAGUCAGACAAAGCCAGCGAUGCAGUACAGCUUCCAGCAGGCAGUAAACGUGAGCUGUUUUCUUUGGCACCAGGACAGAAACAGACGGAGGUCAUUGGGAAAGAUGUUGUUAAGCAGCAAAAGUUCAUCAAUGUUUCUAUAAACGACAAGAACCAAAUAUUUGUCUACAUCGAUGGUGCAGAUCAAGCCCUAGCACAAUCCGAAGCUCUCGAAACUGGUGCCUGGCACCACGUUGCGAUUACAUUCGCGAGUGGUAGUCCUUCGAAGCUUACUUUGAUCGUCAACGGCGGGAGCUCCGCAGCAUCGACUGUUGACCUUGGUCCCACCUUGAGACCGGGCUAUCUCGAGACACUCAUAUCACAGCUGGAUCCGACUAAGCCACGGUUUGAAGGGAAUGUCGACGAAGUACGCCUCUGGUCGCUUCCAUUGAAGCCAGCAACUGUCAAGUCUCAAAUGUACACAAGAACCUGCGGCAACGAGCCAUAUCUCGAAGCUUGUUGGCAUUUGGAUGAAGGCAAGGGCUCGGAUAUCUUGAACUGCUCACAGAACGCGCAUCACACAAGAAUCACGGGCAAGUCAAAUCCCGAAAGUGCGGACAUAAUUUGGUCCAUGGCCGCGGCUCCCUUACUAGAAGCUUCAGGACUAUCGCAACGUGUCAUUAGGCUCAAAGGUAUUGAUGUUGCUGGAGGUCUUCAUGCAGCCGUGUACUUUGAGCAAGUUACAGUCACCCAAUCAGAGACUGCAAGCACAGAGCCAUCCGCAACUCAGAAAUCGACGGGUAUUGCGGCAGAAACGUUACAGAAAAGUGAUCACAAGCCUGAAGAAGCAAGGUCUAAGAACAAACAUCCAAUGAAGCGUGAAGCGAGGGUCUUACUAUGCUUCGUUGCUAAGAAGGCUUCGGAUCCCGGGACAGCAUUAGCUACGCUUGAUUUCGGUGUCAUGUCGAAUGGAACGCUUGCUGAUUGGCCUGCAAUUAUUGAAUGUCCAGAUGUCGUGGUAACAGGAGAAAAGAAGAAAUAUGCUCCCAUCCCUCUCAUUUGGUCUGAUAACCUGGGGAUGGACUUGUUCGGCGGCUACCUGAACAUCAAGGCUGCGCGAUGUGGCAUUCAAGCCCCUCAGGUGUGGGAUUCUGCGACAGGGACCGUCACUAUAUUCUACCAAAGUCGAUCCGACUCGGACAAUUCUGUCUCCCAUUCGAACAAAGGAAAGUUCUCUGCAUUGAUCUACGAUAUUUCUCGCGCGAUUAAAACGACAAGUUUGCAAUCUUUCUUUCCACACUCAAACGUUCAGGUGGCAUGCAAGCUUCGUCAAGCCGAUAAUGUCAACAUACAUGUCGAGCAAUCUUUGAUAGCGCCUAAGACAGUUGCUGUGAAUUUGACGAUAUCUGCAAAAACUUCGAGAGGGUUGGUGGAAGAAACCUGGGAAAACGUGCCUUCAAAUAUCAAUCGUUUGGCAGAUUUGCUGAGUGGUCGCAUCUCAAACACCAAGACUAAGGUUGGCGAAUUGGCAGAAGUUUUGACUGAAGUCAAAGCCGAGAACAGUACUGAGUCCAAUUUCAAAGUAGUGUUAGCGACACCUUUGAGUGACAACAUAGAGGCAGCAAGUUGCAUCGAGAUUGAGGGAUAUCUCUCUCUAGUUCUGCGGAGUGCUCAAGCAAAAGCGACAGAACUAAUUGUGGCAGUCAUAAGUCAAGAUGGUGCCAAGGACGAGGCACCCGAUGUUGAUUCUGAGGUCAUGUCUUUUCCAUAUGACCACGACACCAUGGUAUUCCGCUGGGGUCAGCUUUCGGCUAAUUUAACAUCCGGCUCAGCCAUCGUCUCGAUGAUUCCUUCUUCGCGUGCCAACAGCAAGGUAGUGAAUGAGCAGGAUAUGUACGUACAGCCUGGCACCAAUUUCUCAGUUCCAGUAUACAAGCAGAGUCCCUCCAUUGCCUCUCCACCACCAACGAGUGCAUUGCAACUCAAGAACAACAAUGUCUAUUCUAUGCUGUCAGAAGGUGUGGCCUCAACAGCAAGUGCUGGCCUCACUUUCGAGACCUGGCUCAAAGUCAAUGAAGUUACCGAAAGUGUGCUCGUUGCCUAUACUUCUGAGAGAAGAGCACGCUCCGAAGGUGCUACUGCGGAACAACAGACUUUCGUGCUCAUGAUCCCAGCAUGGUCGAAUAGCCAAGAUGGAAGGUACGACUUGGCUGCGAACGCCAAUGGAAUCGUCUUUUCAAUCAAGGACGAGAUUCUGAAAAAAGGUCAGUGGCUGCAUUUGGCCUGUUCACUACGCAACGUAUUGGCAUUGGGCUUGUCCGGAACUUCCCACAUUGACUUUGGAAACGCAUCGCAAUUCAAUGUACAGGAUUUUUCUCUCGCUUUCACGAUACAGCUCAAGGAAGCAGUUGGUCAGCAACAAAUUCUCUUCACGAAAGCGUCAUCUGGGAGCGACGCCACGCCCAUCCAAGUGGAAAUAACACAUGAUCAAAGGCUUCUGCUCGUGUUCUGGGCUGAAGACGAGGGUUCAUCAGGAGACGCCAAGCCGAAGCGACGGACUGUUCAGUCGCCAGCUGACGAUGCAUCUAAAUUGAAUAUCGGCCAUACUUACAAAAUCUUGAUAUCUCGCAAACUCGAGACUAUCCAGCGGACAUCUGGGAAACCUCGACAAGCUCAAUGUGUUACCAUGGUUGCAUGGAGAGCAGAUGAUUCCAAAAAAUUUGAGAUUCUACCGCAUACUGUUAAAGAGCUCGAGGACGCAGAAAAUUCCAACAAGUCUCUGCUGGCCGCUGACUCAGCAGCACAAGCUUGCGGUAGCGUAGCUACUAAUGAAGCAAAUCUCUACCUCGGAGGUGCCCCAUGGACUGGAAACGGUCUUCAUGGCAUUAUUGGGCCUGUGCGAUUCUACUCCACCAAAAUCAAGGUGCCAAGUACCGUGAGCGAACUUGUCAACUUGAGUGACACAGAUCACAAACUGAUCGCCAACUGGUCGUUCUCGAGAAAUGACACCACAGCUGUCUAUGAUGAAGCCUCUAAUAAUGAUGGCAAACUCAGAGGCAAUCCACAAUGGACAAUAUCCCCUUUUGCGCCUGACCACCAGAUGGUGGUAUACUUGAACGGAAUGCUCAAGCCGCUCAGUCAUGCUGAUAACCCUAGGGCGUUGAGCACUCCAGCAGGGCCACAUCAACUGACGCUAGGCAAUACACUCCAUGGUACUGGGCAGCACUUCCGCUUCCAGUAUAUGACAAAUGGCUUUCAAGGCGAGUUUGACGAGCUUCGGAUCUGGGAGACCCCUCGGACGAGACAGAACAUAUGUGACGCGAUGUACGCUAAAAUUUCGGAAAUACCACCUGAGCUUGCUGUGUAUCUACCGUUCGACGUCGAACAGGUCGAUGAGCUUGAUAAUGAUACAACUGGAGCUGAGAUCUUGCUCGACAAUUCAAUGAACUGCUGGCAUCUCACCCCUCUACACGAGGCUCCGAUCAACAAGGUCGUUUCACAAGCAUACGUCGGUCGUGAUGCCAUCUGUGUCCGACAUGUCCACGGCAACAUGGAAACAGACGAUAGAGGUGCCGAUACGUUUUCUUCACCCUCCGCUACCGAGUACGGGACAAUGUCCACUGAUGCCAACAGCAGUCUUGAAGGAAGCUAUAAACGUGCAUAUUCAUACAUAGAUACCAACAACCGCUGGCGACUCGACACAGGUUUCAAGAUUGGUGCUGUAAGUGUGCAAUGGGUCAGUCAGGUCCAAACAUCCCCAACGCUCAUCGGCUACAUCGAAGGUGCUCCACCACUCCCACUGGAAAAUUACAUCGACGAGAAACACGCCCCAACAAGCUCGAUCAAGUUCUCCAACUCGAGCAGCGUGCAAUACUCUUAUGGCCUACGCAAAGAAACUGCGACAGACUUUUCCAUGAACAUGACUUCAGGUAUUGGAGGAAAAUGGGAUGUCAGUGCAGGUGUUGGCGUUCAAACUGAGGUGUCCUCUGGCAGGAUCAAAGCCGGCCCAAAAACGUCUCUUGAUAUCUCAAACGCUGAAUUCAAGAACAAUUUCGUCACGAUGAAAAAGCAUACAAACCUCGAUAUGAAGAUGGAAGUUUUUGGGCCGUGGAACGAGAACAGAAAGGCAUAUGAACUUCCAAACACUGGUUUGGCGCUUGUCGAAAGUGAGGUUGCCGACGUGUUUGCAUUACGACUUAAAAUGCGAGGACCAGUAUCUCCUCUGAUCGCAUACCAGAUGAGACCAAACCCUGAUAUCCCCAAGGAUUGCAAUUUGAUUGCAUUUGAGAUCGACCCACAUUAUACCAAACAAGGAUGUCUCAACGGCUUACAUGGCCUCGAUCGAGAUCCGGACUAUCCUCCGAUGGCACAGGCACCAAAAGAUGCAUCGUACUUCAAACCAGCAGAAGCAUAUGCCCUCAAAGAAAAGAUCCGUCGUGCAGAGGAAAAGCUCGCAGGUGAACAUGAGCGAUACUCCAUCGCCGACAAAAGCCGCAAAUCGCUUCCUAGUCGAGCUCAUCGCAACAUCUGCAACUCCUACGUCUGGACCUCUGAUGGCGGAACAUUUCAAGAAACUCACUCAACGAUGGACUUUGUCCAGCACGAAGUCGGCGGCAACAACAGCAUUCGUGCAGGCAUUGGUGCCACCCUGGAAAUGGAGAUGAGUGUAGGAUGUUUCCUCAGCAGCGUCAACGUCGAUGCAUUGUCCAGCUCAUACGUCAAUGUUAUGCAAACCAAAGACCAACAAACUGAAGAUGGCUUCGAACUGAUCGCAGAGCUUCCUCAACCGAUCAAUAUCCGUACAAAAGAAGUUGGAGGCAAGAUGGUCAAGCGAGACGGUGCCGUCGAUACGUACCGAUGGAUGAGUUUCUGGCUUGAACCCAGCGUAGAAGGAACCGAUGCAUUCUUUAAGCAGGUUGUCAAUCCGCUUUGGUUGCAGGAUACCACGAUACCUGACGCUGCUGUCAUGCGGGAGCUGGACAGUUCGUUGAAGAUGCAGACUGGAAAUGCGAGGACGAAGGCGUGGCGAUUGUUCCAUCGCGUGACGUAUGUGAAUAGGAUAAUUCCGCCGACCAGUACGGUGCCGGUGGCUACGGCGACGAUGAAGGAAAAUGCGGACAGUGCACUGUUGGCGGAUGUGUCGUGUAAUUGGUUAAUGAUUCAGAGGUUGGAGCCGAGGGUUAGGGGGGCGAAGACGUAUAAAGAGAUGGCAUUGUUGGCGGAGAAGGAGGUGAAGGAGCAGUAUCCUACGGUAUGGGCGGAUUCGAGAGUUCAUCAGCAGUUGUUAGAUUUGCUGGCGGCUUAUAUUGGUGUGAAGUGA